AUGAACGUCUACUCUGAUGAUCAGCAUACAGCCAUCGAGCACCUGGCUGCUCGUGUGCAUUCUCUUCCGCCUUUCAUUUACAUGGCAGACUUUAACUGUGUUUCAAUGACUUGGGAUGACUAUGAGCAUGGUGAGUCGUCAACAGCAAUAUCCCUGCAGGACACCGCAUCUCAGAUCGGCCUUGAGUGGGCACAACCUUCUAAUCAUGGACCGACGAGGAUCAGUCCUAAUCCCAACCAGAGAUCCAAUGUGUUGGAUCUUGUAUUCUUAGCUCCAUCUGAGAUCUUAAUCUUGAUGCCCAGAUUGGAGCACAAUCUCCAGGGUCCAUCAGAUCAUGUCCUGAUCUGUACAGAUCUUGAUAUCAGUCCUGAACUACCUGGAUCUGGGCGUCAGACAAUUAAACCUGGAAGCGAGGCUGAAAAGUCUUUCAUUUCGGAUAUUCUCCAGGAUCUUGCAGCUAUUCCUGUCGCAGCCCCAGCAACCAAGGAAGGCAUUGAAGCUUUAGCUGAUGCUAUUGCAACAGCAUUCUUGGAUGUGUAG